CUCUCAGUGGGUAAUGCUUUUAAUGAUUUCUUGCCAUUUUUUCCUUUGUUUGGGCUAAUUUUGUCCUUUUUUGUGAAGCUUCUACCACUGAAAUUGUUCCCCCCAAAUGUUUGAAUGGAGGGGUUCCCAUUGGGGAUCGCUGUCGAUGUCCAUCACCUUAUACUGAGCCAUUUUGCAAAGAGGCACAGAAUGAAGUGCUUGUGGUGAAGGUUAUGGCUACAAUCAACAUCACUGUCAAAGUGAUCAACAUGGAAUUUAAACCGGGGAUGGCUACUCCUGGCUCGGCUGAUUUCCUAUCCUUUGCAGCACACUUUAAGAGACAGAUGAAUAUUUUCUAUGCAGAUGUUCCUGGGUACCAGCAUGUAACUGUGAUUCAACUGAGCAAGGGCAGCAUUAAAGUGGAUCAUGAGGUGGUCCUGCAGGUGUCUUUCUCUGAGUUUAAGGCCUUCUACGCUGCAGCCAUGCGGAGAAUUGAGGAGAAGCUGCACAGCACGGCACCGACAAUAUGCUCCUCUGAGGACAAAGGUGAUCUGUGUUUUAAAUCAAAUGACUCUCUGGUGACUCCAGUGCCACUCAGCCUUGAAGAUUUGUCCAAAGUAUGCAAGAAGGACUCUGUGAUCACCCAACAGCUCCAGCCGUAUUAUGUGGCCCGAAACGUCAGCAACCAGUUGAAGUGUGUCUCCAAUUGCAGCUUUUUGCACCCUGAACCCUUUCGCUGCGAACAGGGAAGCUGCUACAUUAAGCCCAAUGGGCCAAACUGCUACUGCGAGCAGUCGGAUGCCUACUGGUACACUGGCCGCCACUGUGACCAAGGCAUCAGCAAGGUGGGGGUGGCCGUGGGGGUGGCCCUGGGUCUGGCGGUGCUGGUGCUCCUGAUCCUCAUCCUGGCUGCCCUCCUCUGCUGGCAGCGCUGCUGCCCACAAAAAGACCGCAGGCGGCUGCGUUCAGAUCCCAACGAGGAGAAAUGGUACGAGAAUGAGUCAGACUGGGUGGCCAGGCCUCAGGGCUUCGCCCCGCAGAGCCCCGAAGCCCAGCACCAGGUGCCAGACCCCUCUGCCAGCGCUGGCGGGGAGGACGCCCGCUCCGCAUCUGAACAGGGAGGCUUCCAACCUUGGCUGGACAAAGUGGACACAUCCCUCCAGGCACGGAUUGCUCGGCCCCGAAUAACCCAGCUCUGAAGAAGCCUUGGGAGUCAACGCUGGAUCAGAGCAGGGCCAGUGGUGGCUUGUCCCAAGGUCCGGGCACUCCCUGGCGGUCUGCUGUGU